ACUGCGUCAGAUUCGGUGAUAACACCGGCGUCGUGUGUUUGUUUACCAAGUUGAGUUUGUUGUUGUGCCCUCACGCAUUUGGUGACCUGCCAAGAUGUCAGCAAACCCAGAAAAAGACCAGAGUGAUGCUGCAAAGGGCUCAACAGAAACUUCAGAAUCUGAGGCCAGCAAUGUGAUUCAAGCUAAGGAUGCUGAAGCUGCACCAGACGCUGCUGCUACCACCACUGCCGAGGAGGCUGCCCUUGCCGCAGAUGCCUCUGCUCCUGCUGUAGAUGAGCCAGCUGCUGAGCCAGCUGCUGAGCCUGCCAGCGAGCCUGCACCUGAGCAGGCUGCUCCUCCACCUGAACCGCCAGCAGAGACUGAGGCGGCCAACAGCAAGAAGGCUCCUGCUGAGGAGGUACCCGUACCUGCCGCAGCAGCUGCUGAACAAGAAGCCACACAUGAGGUGGAAGCAGAGGCGGAGCCGGCCACCGCCACUCUGACCGGGGAAACGACGGCAGAGGACACACCGGCAGAGGCAGCCGCCAUGACUGAUGCCGCCGCCUCUGGCGCUGGGGGCGAGAAGCCGCGCGCCACCCGCUCCCGGAACCCGGCCUUUGCCGCCAAGCAGAAGAACUUCAUCAAGGAUUACAAGCGCAGCGUGGGCGGCGCGCCGGCCGCCGGCGAGAAGCGAGGAAGUGGCGGCAGCGGCGACGAAGCCAAGAAAAGACGCAAGUCGGAGGAGGAGGCGUCCGGCCCGCUGGCGAGCGGCGCAUCGCUGAACGACAACUGCUGCUGGGUGUGCCACCGCGAGGGUAAGGUGGUCUGCUGCGAGACGUGUCCGCGCGUGUUCCACCUCAAGUGCGCGCAGCUGUCGGCCGACCCGCCCGGCGACUGGGUGUGCGUCGAGUGCCGGCGCGUGGUGCAGGCAGAGACGGUGGACAACCUCAGUCCGGCCAUGAAGAUGCUCACCCACGAGCAGUUCACGCUGCUGCUGAAGCACGCCAUCGGCCGGCUCAAGGGGCUGCCUGGGGCGGAGCCGUUCAUCACCCCGGUGGACGAGGAGAAGUUCCCCAACUACAGCGAGUUCGUGGCCUGUCCGAUGGACCUGAACACGAUGGAGGAGAACAUCCAGCGCGGCCAGUACGGCUCCACCGAGGCAUUCAUUGCCGACUGCAAGUGGAUUUUGCACAACUGCAUCCUCUUCAACGGACAGACGAGUAAGCUGACGGCGCUGGCCAAGUCGCUGCUGCGCAUGUGCAAGUGGGAGAUGGAGGAGAUCGAGACGUGCCCCGACUGCUACAGCAACGCCUACCUCAGCGAGGACUGGUUCACGCUCGCCUGCCCCCACCCGCACAUGCUGAUCUGGGCGCGCCUGAAGGGAUUCCCUUACUGGCCGGCCAAGGCGGUCAAAUCGCGCGACGGGAACGUCGACUGCCGCUUCUUCGGCCGGCACGAUAGGGCCUGGGUUCCCAUCAAGGAGUGCUACUUGUUCUCCAAGGACCCUCCGUCGCCGCCCAAGAACCGCAGCAAGAGCCUGGACGCCUGCAUCGAGGAGCUGGAGGAGCACAUCCACAACCUCGAGGAGAAGUUCGGAAAGUUCGUGCACGCCAAGCCGCGCACCGUCUACGACCCGCGCAAAAUCACCGAGCACAUCAAGCAGAUGCUGCCCAACUACGAGUGCAACAUCGUGCGGCCCGACCAGGCAGAGGUGGCGAAGCGGAAGCGGGGUGGCAGUGAUCUGCAGCUGGACAAGCUGGAGAAGCUGCGCCAGCAGAAGAAGGCCCGCCGCUCUGGGCCGCCGGCGGGCGCUGCUGCGGCGGGGAAGGCCGGCGGGGACCGGGCCGGGCCGGGCGCGCCGGGCGGGCCGCCCGAGCUGCAGGCCGAGGGCGACGAGGAGAUGGAACAGGGGGAGGAGGAGGGGAUGGAGGAGAACAUGGAGGAGAUGAUGGAGGAGGUGGAGGAGGACGAGCCCAUGGACGAGGCCGCGCCCACGCCCACGCCCAAGGCCGCCAAACCGGCCCGCAAGUCGCAGGGCAAGACACCGGCCGCCGCCCCGGCGGCUGCUGCCUCUCCUGCCCCCAAGCCGGCCGCGGCGACUCCUGCCAAGGCGGCCGCCGGUACCUCUGCUAAGGCGGCUGCUCCUGCCAAGGGCACCGCCUCGGCCACUCCGGCUGCCAAGGCGGCUGCCAGUCCGGCUCCUGCGCCCGCCAAGGCGGCGGCUGCCCAGCCGGCCACGCCGGCCACCCCGGCGGCUGGCUCAAAGCCGGCGGCCAAGGCUGACACCCAGCCGGCGGCCGGCGCCAAGGCCGCUCAGAAGGCGGCCCCUGCCGCCGCCGUUGCCACUCCAGUGAAGGCAGUGGCGUCUCCGGCGGUGGGCACUGGUCAGCGGCUGGUCAAGGUCAACCCGACCGGCCCCCCGCCCGGCGGCCUGACUCGGCCGGCCAUCCUGCGUGCCCCGCAGUCGCGGGCCCGGGCCAGCCCGGUGCCGGUCCGCACCAACGGAGUAGACGUGGCCAUGUCGCCGGCGGCGGCUGUGCGACAGCAGCAGCUGGCGCAGCAGUCGCCGCAGCAGCGGCAGCAGCGCGGCAGCCCGGCCACCCCUCAGGGCCGCUCGGCGGUCUCCCAGUCGCAGGGGCGGACCCAGUCGCAGGGACGCUCGGUGACCAUCCAGACGCCGGCACGCUCUGUCGCCACCAGCCUGUCGCAGGAGGCCGGAUUCAUCGUGUACACGCCGUCCCGCAUCGGCCCGAUGAUGAUUGUGCCCAACAGCGGCGGUGCCGUGUCGAACGGCCCGUCGGCCGCCGGGCCGGCCGAGGGCGCCACGGCUGCCCAGGCGCCGGCGCCGCCCACCCACACGGGAGCCGUCGGAGAGCAGCUGCGCACUCAGGCUAACGACCUCUCGGAGAUGAUCCGCUCGUGCCUGGACCAGUCUCUGACGGACCUGGCGCAGUCGGGCGCGGCGCCGGCCGCCCUGGCCAGUCUGCGCCUCCAGCUGGAGCGACUCCAGUGGCGGCACCAGAUGGAGCUCUCCGAACAGAAAAAGGUCACAGACACGAUGCUGGCCGAGCUGCGCAACAGCAUGGAGAUCGAACAGAAGAAGACGGUCAACAAGCUGACGACGGCGUUCGCCUCGGAGCGCGCAGAGUGGAGCCGCCUCACUGAGCUCAAGGUGGCAGAGACCAAGAAGAAGCAGUGGUGCGCCACGUGCCGGCAAGGAGGCCAUCUUCUACUGCUGCUGGAACACCUCCUACUGCGACUUCCCCUGUCAGGAGGCGCAGUGGCCCAAGCACAUGCUGACGUGCGCUAACCAGCAGAGCGGGGGCGGCCAGCCGGUGGCUGUCGAGGAGGAAACUGAACAGAGCGCGGAGCAGGUGCAGGAGCCGCAGCAGCUGCAGCAGGAGCAGCAGCAGGAGCCCCAGCCGCAGCCGGUCUCCUGAGCGCGCUGACUGAGAGCUGUGGGACCGGUCCCGUCCGCGCCAUCCCCGGGACAACCCGAGGAGUGCUGACGGGCGCUCUGCCGCCCACUUUCUGUUUAUUCUGUGUGUACGUGCGGAAGGUGGUGAGCACGAUCAGCUCUACUCGGAACGGCGAGUGGACGCCGCGUCUGAGUUUUUCUCUGUUUACCGUUCGCCGGUAUGCUUGUACUGUGAAAAGUGUACUUUUCGAGGGGUUUUGGCUUGGAGGAUCCCAUUCGGCGGAACGGUUUUGCAAAGUGAGCUCAGAGCUGGUAUGGAAGGUUAAACUUUCACCUGCUGACUUGUUCUCGAAAGCGGACAUACAUAACAUACGUUUUUGUGUGUGCAUCAGCAUAACCUGAGACUCGUUUUCAUCUCAUAGUGCCGACAUCUGCAUUCCACGGCUCCCUCUCUGCCGAGCCAGCGCGGGCUGCCCCCGCUGUUCGCUUGGUAGUCGUGCGCUACAUCGGUCCUGUCACAUUAAAGCCGCGCCGGCCACCGUGCGCGCGUCCUUUUGGAGUUUUUACACCACCGGUCUCCGCGUCAUGUGUAUGAAAAGCUCGACAAUACCGCUCGUUUCAACCGACCAAUCAUGGUUCAGUUUGAUAAUAAACGUCGGAGUCGGUCAGAA